GAGAAGCUUUUUAUUAUCGAGAAAUUUGGCAGAUAUAAUGGAUGAUUUUCUAGCAUAUUUGAUGGUGGAUGGAGAAGUGACCGGAAAUGACGGAGGUUUGGAAGAUACCUAUGACGGACGACGGAAAUGGAAGAAACGCAGAAGUUGUGAACGAAGAAGAUGGAGCUACGACGGAGGAUGGAAAUGGUGGGCUGUGAACGAGGAAGAUGGUGGUCCAAACAACGUUAGGGACGAAGACUUAGGUGGGACAGGUGGUGGACAUGUGACACAAGGCGUCAACGAAGUUCCGAUAUUUGACAGCCGGGAUGAUUACAGUUGUGACGGGGAAGAGAAUAGCAGGGAGAAGACGAAUUAGAUGUUGGAGAUGGAGAUAACAAUGGUGAUGAAUGUGAACAAAUUCGAAAGAUAGGCAUGAAGUCUCCUACAAAAGAUGCAGUUUAUGAUUUCUACAAAAAGUGUACAUAUGUCGGUGUGCACAGGCGAAUGAAAGGCUCCUGGGUGAUUGUACUGACAACUAGUGUCGGUGUGAACAGAGUAAUAGUGUUUUUGUAGGUGUACACAGACAGUACUUUCUUUGUAAGUGUUUGUGUGACAAUAUGGUUUGAGUUUAGUAAUAUGGUUUGAGUUGUUAACUUGUUAUGUAAGAUUACCGAAAUGUAACGGC